CGCCCCGCCCUGGUCAGCUGGGUUCCGCGUCCAGCCGGCUGCGGAGCAUCCCGGGCGGCGCGAACGGCCCAGCCAUGUCCGCAGCCAUGAGGGAGAGGUUCGACCGCUUCCUGCACGAGAAGAACUGCAUGACUGAUCUCCUGGCCAAGCUCGAGGCCAAGACCGGAGUGAACCGGAGCUUCAUCGCGCUCGGUGUCAUCGGACUGGUGGCUUUGUAUCUGGUGUUCGGCUAUGGAGCCUCUCUCCUCUGCAACCUGAUAGGUUUCGGAUACCCAGCCUACAUCUCAAUGAAAGCCAUUGAGAGUCUCAACAAAGAUGAUGACACCCAGUGGCUGACGUACUGGGUGGUGUACGGUGUGUUUAGCAUUGCCGAAUUCUUCUCCGAUCUCUUCCUGUCCUGGUUCCCCUUCUACUACAUGCUGAAGUGUGGCUUCCUGUUGUGGUGCAUGGCGCCCAGCCCGUCUAACGGGGCUGAAUUGCUCUACAGACGAAUCAUCCGUCCUGUCUUCCUGAAGCACGAGUCCCAGGUAGACAGUGUGGUGAAGGACGUGAAGGACAAAGCCAAAGAGACUGCAGAUGCCAUCAGCAAAGAAGUCAAGAAAGCUACGGUGAACUUGCUGGGCGAUGAGAAGAAGAGCACCUGAGUCCUGGCUGGCGCCCCUUCCCCACUCACCCCCUUAGAGCCUCCAUGUUAUGCUAGGGACAGUGGCACAGUCGUUGGAUAAUGUUGCCUUGGAAACUUGCUGAUGUAUUAAAAAUGGAAUGUGUUGUAA